UGAUGAAAACAAAUUUUGUGGCCAUUGCUACGUAUGUGUGAUAAAUCAACAAUAGGCGGAAAAGGUUGCCAUUGCAUCGUGCGAACUCGAGUGGUAUCGUCUUCCGAACAGGAAAGCACGCAGCGUUAUAUUACUGAUGAUUAUGUCUAAUACACCAACCAAGAUUUCCGCAGGAAAAUUUGUCGAUUUGUCACUCAAGACAUUUGGUGACUUCAUUUCCGGAUUUAUAAAAUACACCAUCACAGUGGCUAUCUGCAGUCUCGCCGCGCUCUUUGCUAUGCAUCUUUGCGCACAGUUGGAAAUAUUAAUGACGUUAAUGAACAAUUUGAUAAACGAGCCCGAAGAAAAGAAUCUGGAUAGUAGACUGGCCGUGACUGUGGAAUAUCAAAAUAGAAUGAGAAGUUUCUUACAAUUGGUGCAGGAUACUUUGGAAUAUGCGAGCCUAUUAGAAGUGAUGGGAUGUACGAUAAUUGUAUGCCUUUUAGGACACGAUAUUCUGACGGAGUGGGAGGAUCAAAAUGUUAUAGCUAUGUUUUCAUAUCUCGUUCUAUUGACAUCGAUUGGAUUCAACAUUUUUAUUUUUUGUUUUAUCGGUGAACAACUCUCUGUAGAGGGAGAAAAAUUGGCACUUACGGCGUGUACAUUGGCUUGGUAUCGUCUUCCGGAUGCGAAAGCACGAGCACUGAUUUUAGUCAUAGCCAUGUCAAAUAUUCCUACGAAACUUAAAGCUGGAAAAUUUAUUGAUCUUUCUAUCAAGACAUUCGGUGAUGUUGUUAAAACUGCUGUUACAUACUUGAAUCUUAUUCGAAAAGUAAUGGAAUAAGUAAUUCUCAAUGUUAUAUAUGAUGCACAUUUCCUUUUAAUCGUAGAUUGUUAUUCAGUAGAACUAUUUAUUAUUUAAUAGAAAAAAGUAGUGCAUUAAAAAUAUUAUACAAA